GUAGCACAACAUGGAAGUGAAAGCAGCGCUCUGUUUAUUUAAAUGUGAAUUUGCAAUAAAAAUUAUUUGUCCCUAAAAUCAAUAAAUAAUCGUGAUCUCGUAUGCAAAAAGAGGCAGGUGUCUGAACAAAUUUCCAAAUUUAUUUUAUUUAUUUAUGUAUUCAGGUAUUUUGACAGAUAAUAGUAAUUCCAUUGAUAGUUUGGUCUGUUUUAUCACAAUGUAAUGAAUGAAUGCAUUAUCAAAAAUGUAAAAAAAAAAAAUGUAUAAGCACUUUAUAACAGCAUAGCUAAUAUACAACUAAACCUACCAUCUCUAAUAGGCUACAAUAGAAAGUACAUAUAAGCCUAUACAGUAAUAAUAAAGCAAUUUUGCUGUGUAAAAAUCAACCUGCACCACAUAGGUUGACUCCUGAUGCUUUUUUUCUCCUCAGGUUGUUUUACUGGUGUGGAGCUACAUCAUCUUGGUCCUGGAAACUGUUAGAUAUUUCCUAUUUUCUUGCUUGAUAUCAUUAGUAAAUACGCAUAACCAGUGAGAGAAUUUAGUUGAUUAGAUUAGUUUGUCAGGGUAGCUGCGUGUGGAUGACGCAUACUUGCAGAAAACCAGUUUUGCUUGUUUUGACAUAUUAUCAAUGAGUUUGAGAGAGGUCGCCACAGUCAGUCUGUCAGUCAGUCAGUCAGUCAGUCAGUCAGUCAUUGCACGAUGAGCCUGAACGUCCCCGGACUGGUGGUGAUGGUGCUCUUCUACCUCCUGGUGCUGGGCACCGGCAUCUGGGCCUCCGUGAAGUCGAGGAGGCUGCAGAACAGCAGCCAGGCAGACCGAACAGAGAUCACCCUGCUGGGUAACAGAGGGAUCAGCUUGAUGGUGGGAGUCUUCACCAUGACAGCUACAUUUGUUGGAGGAGGCUUCAUCGUUGGUCUGACGGAGGCAGUGUACUCACCAACCAUGGGACUGACAUGGGCUGUCAUACCGGUUACAGCAGCCCUGUCUUUUAUUGUUGGUGGACUUUUCUUCGCCAAGACGAUGAGAGACAAAAAAUAUGUGACGAUGAUGGACCCGUUCCAGAUCAAGUAUGGAAAUGUAAUAAGUGGAGUUCUGUCCGUGGCACUGCUGAUAUCUGACAUAAUCUGGGUUACAGGGACUCUAAUUGGCUUAGGUGCAACAAUGAGUGUGAUCCUGGAUUUAUCCUAUACUGGUUGCAUUUGGAUCUCUGCUACAGUAGCCAUCAUCUACACACUGCUGGGAGGCCUCUACUCUGUCGCCUACACAGACAUCAUACAGUUAACCCUCAUAUUUUUCAGUUUGUGGUUAUGUGUCCCCUUUGUCCUUAUGAACCCCCAUUCAACUGACAUCACCAAGACUGCUUUCAACUUCACCUAUCAGGCCCCCUGGAUCGGUUCGGUGGAUAAAGAAAGAGCUUGGAGUUGGAUUGAUAAUUUCUUAUUAUUGGCUUUAGGUAACCUUGGAUAUCAGUCCUUCCACCAGAGGACCCUGUCAGCUGCCUCGUCAACCACAGCCAGGAUCACCUGUUUUAUUGCAGCUCCUCUCAUCUUCAUACUCGGAAUCCCAUCCUUGUUGAUUGGAGCAGUCGCAGCAUCAACAGACUGGAACACCACUGUGUAUGGCUCCCCGUCUCCAUACGAGCGUGGAGAGGCCAGUCAGGUUCUGCCCAUUGCUCUGCAAAGCCUCACCCCACCCUACAUCUCCAUCAUUGGUAUCGGAGCUAUAGCUGCUGCCGUGAUGUCAUCAACGGACUCGGCUCUAUUGUCAGCCGCCUCCAUCUUCACAUCCAACAUCUAUAAGAACAUCCUGAGGACCAGGGCAUCAGAUAGGGAGCUCCAGUGGGUGAUCCGUGCCACCGUGGUGUUGGUGGGCUUGGCUGGCACCGCGCUGACUUGCCUACAAAACAGCAUUAUGGUUUUAUGGAUCCUGGGCUCAAGCAUAACCUACACCAUCAUGUUCCCUCAACUCGUCUGCAUCCUCUUCUUUAACAUCUCCAAUGGCAACGGCUCCAUCGUGGGCUUGCUUGUUGGAGUGUUGUUGAGAGUGCUGAGCGGCGAUCCAUCGAUAGGGUUGCCUGUUGUCCUCCACUUCCCUGGUUGCACUCUUGAGAAUGGCAUAUAUGUCCAGCGCUCUCCUGUUCAGACUAUCUGCAUGUUGUCCAACAUGUUUGCCACUUUGCUGUUCUCCUACCUAGCGUCGCUGCUCUUCAAUAAAGGACUGAUUCCUGAGAGGUGGGAUGUAUUUAAAGUGAAAACCCUCAAACCGCCGAACAAACUAAUGUUAUUCAGCAACGGCACCACCAAAACAGACGAGGGGGAGAAACCUGAAGUUCAUAAUGACUCUGAAUUAAUGUUGACAACAAGUCAGCAGGAUUCAAAGAGGAAUGAUUUAAUAGGAUGCUAACAUGUCUUGAAUGGUGCUUUAUGUCUGUAUUUUAUUACAAAUACUCAAUCUUUGUGAAAUGAUAAUCUUGGCCACAGGAUGGUGUAAGAAUUCAUCUCUUGCAACAAUUUCAUUGUAUUACAUGUUCUGUAUGUCACUAGAAAGAUACAGAAAAACUAAAGCAAAUCUUACCUCA